AUGUUAGGUGAUCGGAAAACUGUUAUAUUACGAGGCGGUGCUCCCUGGGGUUUUCGACUUUCGGGCGGUGGUCAAACACCCGUUUAUAUCGCUAAGGUUCGAAGUCGAAGCAAGGCAGCAUACGGUGGUCUUGCUGCAGGUGAUACAAUCGUCUCAGUUAACGGUAUAUCUUCAUCACUACAAUCAUUACGUGAAAUAAAUGAUAUAAUCGAUACUGUUCGUGAUCAAUUAAUUAUUGUAGUACAAAGUACGGGUAAUUCACGUGGUUUUCGACUCGAUUCCAGUUCGAGUAUAGAUACAAGAGAAAACAGUCCUGUUCGUCCAUUAAGUCGGCUGACACCACAACCAAAACAACAAGCGGAUUAUUAUCAAUAUCCAUCAUCACGUACUACACCAACGUAUUCUUUGUAUUCAUCAACAUCGAAUACAAAUCAUUUCGAUAAUACUAAUUCAAUUAAUCGAGAACAACGUUACGCGGAUUCCUAUGGACGUUCCGUAACAAAUCCUUUACCAAGUAUAUUUCGUACAGCUACUAUAACUACGAAUUCACCUCCAACACCCAUAGCUAAAGCACGAGUACAACAAUUUAGUUUUCGACCAUCAACAUCAAAUAGUACAUAUGAUACACCACGAUCUAUGACAAGUGGUUAUGUUUCGGAUACGAAUGAAUUUUGUCGUUCAACAAUUUCUGUUCGUCCUACUAAUGGACCAACAGCAACAACAAAUGUUCGACAUGUAGUUAAUCAACAAUCAUAUGUUGCACCUUCAAAAACAGUAUACAAUACAAAAAUCUCCACAGGUAAUGAACAAAAUUAUUAUAGUGAUUCAGAAUAUGUUACAUCUGGUCCACGUUAUUAUAAAAUAACUCGAUUGGUAAAUACAUCUCGACGACCAAGUAAUGUUGUUUUACCAAUCCGUUCAAUAACAAGUAGAGCAUAUGACCAAUAUGUACCGCCAGAACCAGUUAAACCUCAACAGCAGCAGCAGCAACAACAACAACAACCUUUUGAUGUAUAUCGUUAUCAGUUAGAACAGCAACGUCUUGAGCGAGAACGCGAACAACGUGAACGUGAAAGACAAGAACAGUUGCAACGACAAUUAUAUCAGCAACGGCAAACAACUGCUGUUCGAUUUAAUCCACCACCCAAACUCACAUUACCAUCGGAAACAACGAUUGAUCGAGAAAUUGGUGCUGAAUUACUCAUAUCACCUGUAGCCAAUAAAAAACGUUAUAAUGAUUCAAGUUUUUAUCAAAAUCCAUAUAAUACAUAUCCAACAAUUGAUGAGCAGAAAAAAAUGGCACAUAAAAUUGCAUCAAUUCUUGAAAGUGGUGAUCCAACAGAAAAAGGUACAUCAAAAUUUGAAAAACAACGUCAACGUGCUGAUAAAUUUGCAAUUGAAGCUGAUGCGGCUCAAUAUCGACCAUUACGACCUUUACAAACAGAUGAUUUUAAAUAUUCUAACCAACAACAAACAUAUUCUAAUCAACAGCAAACGUAUUCUAACCAACAGCAAACAUAUCAUCACUCAUCAAAUAUACCUAAUUGUAUUAAACAUAGUUUAGAUGAAGCUCAAUAUAUUAAUCCAUUACGAUAUGUUGGUGCGCCCGAAGAAUUCAAACAAAUGCAUAUGCAGGAACAUGUAACACAUACAAAUGUUUCACCAUUUAAUGCAAUGAGUCUUGUUGCUGAUUUAAAUCAAAGUGGAGGUAAAGGUGCAGCAUUAUUUCAAAAACGUAAAGCUCGAUCUGAAAAAUGGGUUAUCGAUGAAAAUAAUGUUAAAAAACAAGGUUAUCGACCACCCCCACCACCACCAUCAAAUAAUAAUGGACCAAUAGCUAAACCAUGGGGUCAACGAGCACCAUCAUGGUCUGAUAGUGAAGGACCAGGAUUUUCACCUGUUCGAACAACUUUUAAUCCUUCACCUGCUCCUGUUGUUUCUGCUCUUUCUGAACCGAUUUUAUCACCUUCACCGCCAGUACAAUCUGGACCACGAUUUGGAGAUUUCAAUGCUAAACCAAAAGGGUUUGGUAGUUGGAAUGCUGAAAAUUCAUCUCCACGUGUAGGAAAUGAUUCAAGAAAACCGCUCAAUCUUAAUAUAGAACCAAGUAUUCGUGAAGGUAUCGCAGAAUCUCAUACACGAAAUGCUUCUCAACCAUGGUCUCCUCCAUAUAAUCCUCAAUCAAUCUUUUCUCCAAAUCAACAACAACAACAAACUAAUACUAAUUACUUUAAUUAUCCAUCAUGGAAUCAACCUAAAAUUCAAGAACAAUAUAAUGGAUAUAAUCAAAGAAAUACUAAUAAUAUUAGUCCUAAUCCAUAUUCUUCAACACAACAACAACAACAACAACAUUUUACCGAUCUCUAA